CUCUUGUCUCUGACCAUGCCAGUAAAUGCUAAAAUCUUCAUGCCCCACGAUGAGCUCGUCAUCCCUCGUUACCGACCUAAAGAAGGCAUCGUCGAGAGUACUCAGAACAAUGGAAACGGAGAAGAAGACAGCCCUUCGACCGUAAAUCAAAUCAAAGAUCUCGAAGAACUCCAAAAGUUCAUCUCGGACGCGGAGUUAAAGUCGACUGUUAUCAACUUUGGCGCCACAUCAGGAUGCGCUGGAUGCAAGAUGAUAAAGCCGUACUGGAAUGAGCUCUCGGGGUCGUUCAACGAUCGCGUUAAUUUCAUCUACUGCGACAUCGAUGGGCCAGACGGUCGAGCGGCCGGUCUUUACUAUAACAUCACGGCAAUGCCUACUUUCGUGUUCUUGAAACGCGAUUUCGAGGUGCCAGGAACCAGAGUGCAAGGCUCCAACAAAUUGAAGCUACUUCAAGGAGUGAAUCUCCUGGCAGGCAAGCGUCGCAAUUCUGGAGGGCUCGGCUCUGCUGACCUAAAAAAAUCCCUCGCGACACACUUCAGCAAGUUUGGUACCGUCAAAUCCGUCGAUGGCCUUGGGCAGCUCGAUGGUGUUGGUCAGCCGCGAAAAUUUGGGUACAUUAGCAUUGAGGGCGCAGAGGCCAGUAUAACGAAAUGCGUCAACUCGCUCAGCGGAUCGAUCUGGAAAGGCGUCAAAGUGCGCGUUGGGGACGCGAAACCAGACUACUCCCAACGAGUAGCCGCGGAAAACGCUCCAACGACGGAUGCUCCCCCAAAUCGUAAACGUAAACACGGCGCCGUCUUUGCAGAAGACAUGACACUAGUAACUCCCGAGAAUGCCGUUCGCAGGGGCUGGAAAGUUACUGAAAUGGGCCGCAUGUUGCGACCAAUGAAGAUGCGACCCUUACAUCCAUUGCCUCCGCCCUUGUCAGUUGAGCCGCAAUCUAAGAAGGCCAAGCAGUCGAAUGUCAAGCCCAAGCGGCGCCGGGAUCCCGACUCUCGCGCCCGGCGUCGGACCAUCGAUGUGACGCGAUGGGGGAGCGUUCAUCUCAAAGGGUUGUUCCUAGAAAAUGCUGGACAGCUGCCAAAACCCGAGUAUUCUCACCCAAAGCCUUCCCUCGUUGAAGAAAGCGAUACCUCGUCAAGUGAAGAAGACCUCCCAACACCUCCCAUCCUCAAGCCAGCCGUUGAAGCAGCGCAUCGUAUUCAAAAUCCCCGACAAAUGAAGACUAUCCAGAAGCGGACACCGGCGCCGCCAGUACCAUUAGCUGUCAAAUCAGCCCACCCUACGACUAUCGAUCUUUUGGCGGAGAAGAGUGAUACUCUCAAUAUUUUAAACUCUCUGUUCGGGCGAGAUGCGGAGCAAUGGGGUGGACGUGAAAGUGUUGGAUCGGAUGUCGAUGAAGAGGAGCUGCUGAAAAUAGGUGGCAUUCAUUCGGGUAAAGACACCGAAGACGAUAUUGAGUUCGUCCCCAUGAACGUCGACAAUGGCGGCUUGACACAACAACACGAGGCCGACGAAGUGCCGCAGGCUGCAGCACCACGCGAACCAUCGAGAGCCACAAAAUUAAAAGAGCUUUUCGCCCCAAGAACAGAAGAUGGCCCUGCUGGCUUUUCUCUUCUCGGACAUCUUGACCUUGAUCUCGACGAAACUCAGUUCGCGGAUCUCACCACCACCAAGGCACCUACGCCUCGCGAGUCACAGCCCACUCUUGUUUUCGUUCCUGCCAAUAUAGCGGCGCACGCCCCUAUAACUCUAGAUCCGAAGCAACCGCUCUUUUUUCCCCUUCCAAGCUCAUUCUCCGACGAUACAAACCUGAAGGCAAGGCAACGGGACAUUAUCGACGUCGCCAAGGAUGCCGGCUGGUCCGCUCAUUUCUGUAAGACGGAGACGGAUGAAGAGAUCCGCACUAAGUGGGAGGCGGAGAAGAUCGAGCUGACCAGGGAUUGGACGAGACGCUGGAAGGAGGCUGGCAAAAUGCAGCGCAGGCGAAGGGGCGGUGCUCCAGGGGAAGAUUAG